UCCUCCACGUGAGCUCUAUGACUCUGCCCUGUGGAGACAUGCGUCCUGAUCAGGCUUCCCAGUGGUACCGGCGAAUGUCUGUCGUGUAUGCAAUCGGCGCCUGGUCGGUGCUGGGCUCGGCGAUUUUCCUUACACGCAAACAGAAGGCGUCAGGUGAUGGGGUAGAGCAAAAGGAUGGCUCAAGGAAUGAAAUACCCGUUUCGACAAGUGAAGUCUCUGACUUAGAGAGGGAAAUAAAUGAACCCAUUGAAGGGUCUUAUGUGCAAACAUUUGCAGAAUAUCCAGAAAAGUCUGUUCCUGUUACUCAAAGGAUCCUGGAUUAUCUGAAGUCAUGGACUGGUGGGCCUGGGCCAGAAUCAUGAUCAGCUGCUGAAUUCAGAAACCAAGGGCUUGACUCAGGCUUUGAUAGAUGCCUUGAUUUCCAUUUCGUGUUUGUGGAAAGAAUGUAUUUAAUUUGAUUUUGUAAAAUAUAAUCAUUAAUAAUGUG